GUAGGCUAAAGCCUAAAAGGACUGAAGCAUUCAAAACAAAGUGCGUAUUUAAAGGAGAAGAUCCCCAACAAUUGGCAUUCUUGUCUGGCAGCAUUAGCAUUACCAUUUCCCUCCAUUCUCCCUCCUAUAACGCUACCAUAAUUUAAGAUCAUAUAUUUCAGAUACAAGUUAGCUGGCUCUCAUGGGUACCGUUGUUGAGGCUCCAAAGAGGGAAGCAUAUGGAAGCUUAGCUGAGAAGAAGCCCACUGUUGUUUUUGUUUUGGGUGGACCAGGCAGUGGCAAAGGAACCCAGUGUGCAAAUAUUGUCGAGCACUUUGGGUACACCCAUCUCAGUGCUGGUGAUCUUCUUAGGGCAGAAAUUAAAUCUGGCUCUGAAAAUGGUACCAUGAUUCAGAACAUGAUUAAAGAGGGAAAGAUUGUUCCUUCAGAGGUAACAAUUAAGCUUCUCGAAAAAGCAAUGUUGGAAAAUGGUAAUGAUAAAUUCCUCAUUGAUGGUUUUCCUCGUAACGAGGAAAAUCGUGCGGCAUUUGAAGCUGUUACUCAAAUUGAGCCAGAAUUUGUCUUAUUUUUUGCUUGUUCUGAAGAAGAGAUGGAGAAGCGCCUUUUGAGUAGGAACCAGGGAAGAGAAGAUGAUAACAUUGAGACAAUAAGGAAGCGGUUUAAUGUUUUCUUAGAGUCUAGUCUCCCCGUGGUUCAAUAUUAUGAAUCUAAGGGUAAAGUUCGGAAGAUUGAUGCUGCAAAGCCAAUUGCAGAGGUUUUUGAUGCUGUUAAAGCCGUUUUUGCUGCAAAACAUGAGAAGGUUGCUGAGUAGAUUAUCAGAUUGCUCAUAUAAAGGUAACAUUGGUACAGGUUAUAACAUGAAAUGGUUUUCAUUCAGUAAAGUUGAUGGUUCUUU